UUUUUUUUUUUUAAUAGUUAAGCUACAUGGAACUAAUGAACAUUUACUAGAUCCAUUUUGACAUCAUGUUGGAUUUAAGAAAAAUUCAUUUAGUAUUUCAUGUACCUGAAGGCUUAGAAUUUAUUGCAGUCAAAGAUAUUCAAACGUCAUUACAUGAUGACACCAUUAUUCAACAACCCAAGUUUUAUUUUGAUGCCAAGUCAGGCAAGGUACACAUGUUUUGCAAAGUAGAGAGUAUAGAUAAAGCAAAACAUUAUCUCCAAACUGUACCACUCUUGAGUAUUUACAGCAUGACCUUAAUAGCAUCUGCCUCUGUGAUACCCACUCAUUUAUUUACUGAUAAUAAAGAAACAACAGAGCACGGUGUUUGUAACUUGAUUGUAGAACAAACUAAAAAGACAUCAUGGGAUCUUAUUCUUCAAGAUAAAAGAAGAAGAGAUAAAGAGGAUGAAGCAACGAUAUCGUUCAGAGCUACUUUUAAAAAGGAGCAAGUCAAACAUCCAUCACUUCCAAGUAGUCAAGAGAUAGCAGGUUAUAUCGGUUUUGCUUUUCAUGAACUCUUUAAGGAUUGGAAAGUGAAAAUGACAGAUUAUACAUAUGAAAUAUUUUCCUUUUGGUUUCAAACCCCUAAUAAUGACUUGCGAAAGGAAUGUUGUUGUUUUGAUGAUGAUAAUGAUGAAUCGAUCAUCUUAUUACUCGGUGUAACGAUACCCAUUCAAGAAGAUCAAAGACAAAGAAAUAGAGUAUUUGUUGGAAGAACGAGUUUAAAUCCUUGUAUAGCAUAUUGUUUAGCCUUAUGUUCAGACCCUAAACCUGGUCAAGUUAUAUUAGAUAUGUGUUGUGGCACAGGCACUAUUCCUAUUGAAGGUGCCUCAAAAUUUAAAAAUGUGUUUUGGUUAGGAAGUGAAGUCAAAGUAAAGACAUUAGAAGAAAGAGCGCUAGGAAAUGUAAAUCAUUGUAAUUUAAAGAAUAUAGAUCUCAUGUUGGGCGAUGGUAGAAAGUUCUGUUUUAGAGAUCAUUCUAUUGACACCAUUGUCUCAGAUUGGCCAUGGGGACUAAGAGAAAAUUCAUUUAAUCAAAUUCAAGGACUUUAUCCAAAAUUUAUGAAGCAAAUGUGGAGAGUAUUAAGAUUAGAAGGAAAAGCUUAUAUUGUAACUCAGGGACGAAAAUUGAUGAAUAGAGUGUUAGCCUAUGAUUGGUGUCAAAAACUAUGGGAUGUAAAUGAAAUUAUUCCUAUUGGAAUUGGUGGCUAUGAUGUAUAUCUCUAUAUUUUGUCUAGAAAGCAAUAAAUAUAUUAUUACGUAAUAUAUACAUAUAUUUAUAUACAAAUUUAUAUAAUAGAGAGUGAGAGAGAGUCAAUUAGACUUACAAUUGGAUCAAUAAUUAUUUCUACUUUUUUAUACGAAAUGACUCACAC